ACCACCACUUCCACCACCACCAUCACCAAGCGUACCGCAACGCCAAAUCCUCCCAUCUUCGUUCGCAUUCCCCCUUCCGCACGCUCCGCAUCUCGCUUCUCCUCCACAGCUCUAUUCCGAUUCGCCUCCAGCGGUGGGAUCUCUUUGCGGCUUUCUCUCCACCUCCCGACGCCUCUGUAGUUUGAAGGCAUCGCAUCUUGCAACCUAUGAUAUAAAGCUUGUUGGAGGUCUUUUUUACUCAGUAUUAUAGGUGUUUCAUAUGGGAUUUGUGUGCUGAUUAUCAUCAGAUCUAUAAUUCAGUAGCCACUUGAUCUCAUAUUCCUUAAAUUUAGAUCCUUCCGAACAUGGACCGGGCCGAUACAUCUGGCUUUGUCAGUGGUGGUUGUCAUAGAUUUCAUUCUUAUUUCCAUUUUAUCUACAUGGAAACACUUUUUUUUCUGAAAUUUUAAGGCUGCUUAAAUAAGAAUUAGCUGCUAUACUUUUCCAGCAAUCCCCUUCCAUAUCACAUUUGGUUUCUCAGAAACCUUCCAUAUGAAACGAUGGAUUUCAAUACAACUGAUCUCUUGUUGCUUGAUAGAGAAACUUUAGCUUGCACUUCAGUGGUGCAUACUGAUCAGUUCUCAACUUUCAGCAAGGCCAACCAUUUUAGUGACAGAACAUUGGGUCUGGACUGCCUGGGAUAUAAAGUUGGCAAAUCUGGAAGGUCACUGAAUUUACAAACAAAUUUUGAGUUCCCUACUCAAGAUGAUAACUGCCAUCUUGUUCUUGGACUGGGUCCAACUCCAAAUUUUUACUCUGCUGAUCAUGCCACGAAUGUGUCUAUUAAACCAAAAGAAUUGGCAUCUUCAUUUAGUCAGAGUGUUUUGGGAACUGAAUUUGGAAUGUUAGAACUCGGUCUAUCUAGAGGCAAUUAUGCAGCACCCACCAUACAAAAUGGUCAUCAUACUGAAAUGUCUUCAACUGGAAUAUGUCUCCCCAUUCCUGUUGUGGAUGAAGGGUCAACUUCUGCCAAGAGAAAAUUUGGUGGUUACAUACCAACUCUCCUUUUUGUCCCUAGAUCGGAGAGGGUUAACAGUCUUCAAAACCUGACUGUAGGCCAAGAAUUGGUAGAAAAUGUCAGUGAUGCAAGCACCCACCAAUCUCAACAUCAGCAAUAUGUUCUUAGCCAGCUGCCUCAAUUGAGUCCUGAGACCUCUGCAGCCACAUUUUGCUCAUUGGGAGGUAAAGAUGAUCCAUUGGUUGUUGGUGGCUCAGCUGAUCAAAGAAUUCACCACCACCCCAAAAAAUGCAGAUUCGAUGGUUGUUUAAAAGGUGCCAGAGGGGCAUCUGGAUUGUGUAUUGCUCAUGGAGGUGGGCAGAGGUGCCAGAAGCCUGGCUGCAAGAAAGGUGCUGAGAGUCGAACAGUGUACUGCAAAGCCCAUGGAGGAGGGAAGCGCUGCCAGCAACUUGGCUGUACCAAGAGCGCAGAGGGCAAGACAGAAUUUUGCAUCGCCCAUGGUGGGGGUCGUCGAUGUGGUCAUCUCGGGUGUACCAAGGCAGCACGUGGCAAGUCAGGGCUGUGUAUUAGACAUGGUGGUGGUAAAAGGUGCACAGUUGUAGGCUGCAUGAAGAGUGCGGAGGGCCAGGCAGGCUGUUGCAUCUCUCACGGUGGAGGCAGGCGAUGCCAGUAUCUGGGAUGCAGCAAAGGUGCACAAGGCAGCACCCUAUACUGCAAAGCACACGGUGGAGGCAAACGUUGCAUUUUUGAAGGAUGCAGCAAAGGGGCUGAAGGGAGUACAUCUCUUUGCAAGGGACACGGUGGUGGCAAGCGUUGCCUCUUCGAGGGAGGUGGGGUCUGCCCAAAGAGUGUUCAUGGCGGCACAAAUUUCUGCGUAGCUCAUGGUGGAGGAAAGCGUUGCGCCGUGCCAGGAUGUACAAAAAGUGCCCGUGGCCGCACUGAUUGCUGUGUGAGGCAUGGUGGGGGCAAACGGUGCAAAUUUGAGGGAUGUGGGAAAAGUGCGCAGGGAAGCACAGACUUCUGCAAGGCUCAUGGUGGAGGUAAGCGCUGUUCAUGGGUUAUGGGGUGUGAGAAGUUUGCUAGGGGAAAAAGUGGUUUAUGUGCAGCCCAUGGUAGUUUGAUAGUCGCACAAAACGAACAAAAGGCUGGGAGCCUGAUUGUAUCAACCUCUAUAACUCAUGAAAGCCACAAAGACAAUGAGAUUUCAUCAUCAGGAGUGAGCUCCUUAUCUGACUGCACGGAGUCCUACGAUAGCAUGGGGAUGGACCAGCAUCUCAUGCCUCCUCAUGAGUUGGCCCCUCAAUCCAUGAGAUCGCAGUCUUCCAGCUUCGGGUUUGCAUUCACAGAGGGCAGAGUGCACGGUGGGGGCUUGAUGUCAUUCCUUGGAAGAAACCUGAAGAAUGCUGUCAACGAUGUCGAUGUGUGAACUUCACUUAAUUUAUUGACAAGAGGGGAAUUGGCUGGAAAUUAGAACAGCUUGUCUAUAAUCUAUAUUAUUGGUUCAUGGGCCUGUAUUGGAACUCCAUUAUAUUAUCCAGUUUGUUGUAGUGUCAGCAGUGUUAUAAAAUUGGGUGUGGUAGUAGUUUAAAGAGUGUUCUUAGCUGUUCCACCCAGUAGCUUUGGAAGAUUCCACUUCCCUCAACUUUCAGAUUCACUGUUAAUGCCGAUAGUGUAGUUUAAGUGGAUGUAAUAAGUCUUAGUGCGAUUUAUGCUGUAUACGGUGUUUGUUGAUAUGCUUUGAACAUUAUGAUUAGUUGUCAGCAUGCAAUGUUUCUGAUGUUGUAGUA